GUUCCGAAAGAGGUCAUAGCACGAGGUCCAAGAGCAAAGCUUGCUUAUGAAAAUGCUUUAAAAACUGGAAAAGUAAAGGUUUACCGAGCACGAAUCAUGCUGUUAGGUCAAGAUCGUGCAGGGAAGACAAGUUUGAAAAAGUCCUUCUUAGGUCUGCCUUUUGACCCUGGGGAAGAAAGUACUGACGGAAUUGAAGUUGAUCCCUCGAAAUUCGAAGUGGACAUCGAUCAAGUGAAGAACUGGAAACGCACCGAUGAAAAGCUAGGAGUGCCUCAAUUUGCUUCGGAUCUUGCAAAGAUGGUAGCUAUGGAACUCCAAGAAAUUAACGACGAAGCUGAAGAAGGAGGAAAUGUAGCAAAAAAUGACGAAGAAAAUGAAUUGGAAGAAAUGCUGAGAGAUGUAAGUCUAUUUGAGGUAAGCCCAUGAAGAAAAAAACAGGUCAGGGUCCCGCGGAAUUCGUGGAGGCCAUAAAACCGUGUGGGCGCAACUUACAAUCUCAAAUGGCACGCCCGUUGCACUUUAAAAACGAAAUCGGUUUUGAAAACAGAACAGUUCCGACGACAAAUCUGAGCAGCGGUUACAUAAAAAGAAAGCGUCGGGGGUCGGUAGAGUUCUCUCUCAUUCCUUUCUUUUUUCUUUUGUCAUGAGAGGCCUCUGCUAGCUGGGAAGUGUAAGAUUUUGGGCCCAAGUAGCUCUUUCUAAAUUGUUUAGUUUAAGGUCGCGGGUCUCAUUGUUAUGCAUUUAUUUAAAGCGUAUGCACGAAGUACAACGACUGAUAUCGACUUUUUUUACGAGAUAUUCAUAAAUAGAUAAAAGAUAAGCGCAUAAUUUAAAGCCUUCACGUGCACGUGUGGCAAGGAUACUACGAACCAAAUGUUUAAAGCUAUUUCGAGACAGGUUGUCGGAAAAAUGUGCACGCGACAAUCCCGAAAGGUAAUAUGGGAUAUGAUCAACACGCUGUUCCUGACAAUGUAGCUGUCGAAACUCUAUUGCUGCUUUCCUUUAGCACUCGCAAACAUACGUCCAUGGCCUCUCGUGCCAUUCUUUUAAAUUUCUUUGAAGAACAGUGAACUCAAAACCAUCCACAAUACCUUUCGGGAUUGUUGCGUGCACUUUUGCCGACAACCUUUCUCGAAAUAGCUGUAUAUUCAAAAGUAACAAACGGGCUCUGAAUGGUAGUUAACCUUGUUUCAGUGAUUUUUAAAUCAAUAAAACUAAGGAACUCUUUCGAAAUUUCAACCAAAUUCAAUACCAAAAUAAAUUCUUUAUACUUUUUUUUUCGCCUCAGAAGUCGUUGAAAACAUUGCAGCUUAUUAUAAACAAAAUUAAAGCUUGGAACUCGUGCUUUAGGCGGGACACAUUCGGUAGUAUCAAAAUUUGACUUUCCGACAAUUUUGUGUCCAAGAAUUCAACACAGAUACAAGGGGUAAACUUGGGGUAAACUCAGGUACAAGAUACAAGGGGUAAACUUGGUAGACUACAGUGUGUCAUGUAUAAAGCGGAAUUCUAAACGAGCGCUCUAAUAAAAAGAUAUAAGGCGUUAAUUUCAGGGAUGACAGUUUUUGCUUAUUUUUUUGUGGCCUAGAAAUCACCCAGGCAAGUGAUUUUUAACCUACUUUUUAAUACGUUCGGUGUGAUUUACUUCUGUAUUUUUUUUCUUGAGACUUUCCAAAACGUAAAUUGGCGGAAAAGUGUUUAGAUCUGGUGCCCUCUACGAUUACGGCUGCAUGGCUUUCUCUUCCGCAUAAGCUCCCGCUGGUUAUUACCAAGAGAGAAUAGAUCUUAGCUCAUUCUCUCUUAGUAUUACAUUAAAAAUAACAACAAUUAAAAAAAACCUCUAUACGAAACAAAGAGGCCUCUGCGGAGAAGAGAGGCUGCAUGAGGAGAGGUUGAUGCCGAAGUUUUUUUUUAACUGGAAAAAUUUUCGGGUGUUUUGCAUAGGUGGUCGCCUAUGGAGGACGAUCGCAUAGAGAUUUUUUGCUGUAUGUUUUUGAAGCAGUAGCAUUUUAACCUCGUAAAAUCGUUUUAGGGUACAUUUGGUAAAGCCGUUGAAAAGGAGGCAGAUACAGCCGUCCCAGCUGACGUAAAAAUCGACCCCAGUUUGCCUCCAGCGGAAUUUACAGAUCAUCUUGUUCAACUUUUGGGAAGCUUGAACCUUGAAAGUGAUACAGCAACAGUGGAACAUCAUAUGACCCUUGAUUUGUGGGACUUUGCUGGUCAACAUCUUUACUAUGCAUCUUACCCAGUUUUUUUAUCCACUCGAGCAGUUUAUAUGCUUGUGUACGAUCUCAGCAAAGGAUCAAAGGAAACCGCUCAGCCUUGUUUCAAACAAGGAAUUCGGAAAAUUCUUCUCAGUAAUCCAAAUAAGGAAACAAAUUUAGAAAACUUGUUGUCGUGGCUGGUCUCUUUAAACACUAUGUGCUCGCUAAAACCGGAAGUGAAUGACAAGAAAACCAAAGUGGAGAACCUGCCUUACUGUCGCCCUCCAGUAAUCAUCGUAGGAACACAUGCAGAUAAGCCAUAUCAAGACAUCAAGGAGGUUGAAUUGCAGAUUCAGCAGGAACUUUCUGGAAAGGAUUACGAACGUCACGUGAUUCGUCCUUUCUUCUCUGUCGAUAAUACUCAAGGUUCAGCUGAUCAGGGAGUUGCCGCACUUCAGAAAAGAAUGAUUGAAGUUUUGAAGCAAGAACCAUACAUGGGAGAAGAGGUACCAAUUCGGUAAGUUAUUUAGUUAAGAAAAACACUUUCACCCUAUUUUAAUGUUUGUCUCAUGAUGUAGGCACCUCGACGUUAUGACUGUUUACUGCUUGUCUGCUUCAGGUGAUAAGGUCGAAUGAUUAGCCAGUACUUUUUCUGCCACAAUGUUCUUUUCUAUUUAAGUAAAGUCCUGUUGGCGGAUUUGCCAUCCUCAUUUGGUGUUUCCUUACCGUGAACAUCCACGCAUCCACUAUCCCUGUUGAAGUUAUUAGGGUGAAGCCUUAUAAUGUAGAUAGUUUCAGAGUUUCCAUUGCCCUACGGGAGUACAAUACCAGCGAGUCUCUAUAGAUCAUCUUUACCUUGUUCCAAAGCAGUCGAUCCGGCUUAACAAGGCGGCGCGAACCGAACGAUUUCCCGUGAGUGCGGCAAAAUUUUCAUCGGGGAAAAAGGGAAAUCUUUGCAGGAGAAAGUAGAUGCUCACCGAACCGGCUGUUUUCCCCUUUACAACGAUAUAAAAUUUAUUGCCCCUGCAGGGAUAUCGCCCAGAAGGCCAAAUCCGAGGAGGCACUCUAGUAGCUUGCGCGUAUAUUAAGGAAAGUACUUACAGUUGAAAUAUACAGUCCGUAUGCCAGAAAAAACCUCGAUUUGCUUAAACAGGGGCCGCGAGGAAUCGCUGGGUAAUGAUGACGUUUUCUAUUGUUCGCGCCCCCAAGUAAGAUAUGGUUAGGAUGACGUAAAACAGAAAAUCCCGAAGUGACGCUAUAAUUGGUAAAUUUUGUGUCAUUUAUUGUACGGUCAUACUUCGAUAAUCUUUUGCGUUACGCGUUAUCGGUGAUCUGACAUUCUGGGAGCAGCUGUUUUGAAAGUUAUGGACCAAAAGACGCUCGUUAAGAGCAGAUGAAGUUAUAAGGUGCGUAUAAUUGUGUAUAUACAAACACUUGAAGAUUUUGCCAGACACGAGUUCACAAAUCUUUCAUUGGAAACAAUUUGCCAGACAAUCUUUCUCUCUCUUUGGGGAAUAACACUCAGUCCACAAACAAACAAGACGAACAAAUCAACUGCUAGCUUAUUACGAGCAGAGCGAUGGGCGAUUACAGAAAUUCGCUGCCAAUUAAAUUGUGUCGACUUAUUUCAAUCCCUGCUUACAGAUGUCCUUCUAUAAAGUUUAAAUGAAGACAGUGCAUGGAACCUUGCGUUUUCCUGUUUUUAUCUCACCUAUUGUAUGGAAUAUUUGUGAAAUAUCCUUUAUGAAUCGUUAUAUUUGAAAGAGCAACAACGCAGAAGAUACUAUUGACUGAUAAUAUACAGAGCGGGGGCAGCUGUAGUGUCACCCAUUACAAGUUAGUUUGGAGUAUUGAACCUGGGCCUUUCAACACUAACUUGAUUUAUGAUAGGGUAGUGCCGCUUAGCUUAAAAUAUACAACAUCAUGAAUGUAAAAAUUGGUCAUUAUCUAUUAAUUUAUCGUGUACAGAUGCAGCCAAAUGUCCCUCAAAAUGAUAUAAUUAAACUCUUUAAAAUAUUUUUCGGUUUUUCUGUUAAACUGUAAAAUUUUUCAUGCAUCUGCUACUUGGAAGGAACUAAUUCGAAAAUCACUAUGUUUGCUCAUUUUCAGGAAUAUCACAGAAAUCGUGAAAAGAAAUUAAGAGUUUAUAAUUUAUGCUUUUAGGGGACGCUGUCACAAAAUUACAAACGUUUGUAUGGAUCUUUAACCAUGUUUCAAGAGUCAUAACUUGAUCCCUGUUCAACCUUAGAGCACCAAACUUGGUCAAAUAACCAAUAUCAACAUGACCUUUUAUAUGGCUGGUGUCAGUUUAUCGAUUAUUUUAAAUUUGAAACUAGCCCCAGUUCCCUACGCAACUCCGAAAUGGCCAAUACUGCAAAUGUUACCUAGAUUGUACACAUAUAUUGAAGAUCAUACGCGGCUCCUCGUGGUCGAAACUAUUGCACACAAUUUCUUAAAAUAAUUAUAGUGUCAUGAUUUCACUAGUAAUUCCUCGUUUAAAAUCCAUAGCGUUGCACAUGCAGCGAACAUUAGAUCUUUUUAAAAAAGCUUGUGGUUAAAGACAAAACUCUUUACCUUUAAUGACCAGCGAUUGCACGGUGCCGCAUUAUCGAAUUUGCACCGAAAGAGGAUCAGGCUCCUAUGUUAACUGGUUGAAGUCGUCCAUUUGCUUGGAUUUUUUACUUUAGUGUUAGAGAUCCGUCAUUGUUCAGUUAUGCUUUAACUUCCCCUUUAAGAUCUUGUUAUUUUAUUUGGCUUUCAGAUGGUUUAACUUCGAGAAGGUUGUCAAAGCUUUAAUUGCUAAGAAAGUGUAUUAUUUAAACCUCGAACAACUUCAAGAUAUUAUCCAGAAAGUUUGCUUCAUUGAAGACGAGGAUGAAGUUGCCACCAUGUUAGAUUUUUAUCAUGACCUUGGCAUGAUUGUCAGGCACCGCAACACAGUUGUGCUUCGAGCUCAAUGGCUCAUUGAGGUCUUCAGACAACUCAUAACCAUUCGUUCUUUUAACGAAAUGGUAAGUGAAACAUAUUCAAGUCCACAUUUACAGUCUUGUGGAGGAUAAUGACUACAAGCCCCUCCACAGAAAACAACAUCCCACACCGUCAUCAUCAUCAUCAUCAUCAUCAUCAUCAUCAUCAUCAUCAUCAUCAUCAUCAUAAUAAUAAUAAUAACUAUAACAAAAUUGUCAAAUCUGAUUGGCUAUCAACUGCCCUGAUUUCAGCCUUAAUUGGACAGUUUAAUAGGACAGUACGCGUCAUGCCUAAGUAAUUGGACAGUACGCGCCAUCACGCGCGCGCUUAAAUGGCUUUUUUUCUCUGCUAGCAAAACAAACUUUCGAAUUUCUUGUAUUUUGAUUUCAAAAUAGCCUAUUAUAUCACAAAUUUUGUUAAAGUUAUGAUUAAUUGGUAACAGAAUUUCGUGUCGUCCAAUUCGGUCUGUAAUCAUACUCGUGAUUAAACAAAUCGGACUCCCGCUACGCGUUCGUCCGAUUUUGUUAAUCACUCGUAUGAUUACAGACCGAAUUGGACUCCACUCAGUCCUGUUACCAUUACUAAUAAUAAUAAUAAUAAUAAUAAUAAUAAUAAUAAUAAUUAGUAUAAUAAUAAAAUCUUUAUUACAAAACCUCAAUUAAAUUCCUAUUUACAAUCAACCUGCUGUUACAAAAAAUCUAAUUAAUUCAUCAAAACACUAUUCAUUUACCAAUUCUAAAAAAUAGAAGUAACUUAACCUUACAUAAAAGCAGAGGAAAUAGAUAUGAUUAAUAAUAAAAGUUCAAAAUUCUAUGAAAUAAAGAAUUCCAUUAUGCAGAGAUAUUAAGAUCGUACAAUCGGAUUAUACUAAUGACGGCUAAACCAGUGCCCAUAAAAAGCCCUAAGUAUAAAAGCAUAUAGACACGUAUUUCAGAUAUCCGCACUGGCGACAUUUAUUUUACAGUCUAAUGAUUGCUCUAUCUUGCUACGAAACGGCGUUCGCGAACCUCUGACGCAUGCAUGUACCGAUCUUAAGAGUUCAAACGAGAUCUGUGUCCUGAGCCAAGUGAUUACAACAUGAUAAGGCUCGGUGUCUUUCUGAGCUAUCUUGUCUGCGAGAUGCUUUAAGAACCGCUGACACUCGUUUCCCAUUCCGCCAUUGGUUCCAAACACUAAAGGCGUAAACGAACCCAUUUCUACAUCUAACACCCGCUGCUGGUACUUGCGCUUCUUCUCUUCUUCUUGCUCUUUGAACACUUCCGAUGUUGGCUUGCUCUGGUAACACUUGGAGUUGACGUGCGUAACUCUAACAUCAAAAAAUGCCGUAACUCCUCUUGCCCAGAAACCUCCCGCUUUGAUGUCCAACCUUGCCUCAGAACUUGUAACAGCGCUCCUCAAAUGAAAUCGCUCGUUGUCCAGGGGUUGAAGGCGUGGUUCGAUUUCGACAUUAUUGCAGAUCUUGUCGAUGAAUGUCGUUAACAAGUUCCGUACACCAUCAUGUCUCUGCGCUACAAACCCCCCCUUUUUACAAGAGAGGGCGUGACUAACGGUGAAUUUAUCCCCACAUAUGCAAUGACUUGGUAAAUCGACUAAGGGUAAGUCAUAACGCAAGCGUAGCGAGUCUCUGAACUCUUGCUUGUUGAGGGCUAAACCUUUGUCUGCGAGAGGCAUCGCAUUCAGCCAAGAACUUGCGCCCUUGUCCCUCGAUUGAUUAACCAGACGCAGCAGGCCUGGGGAGAGGCUUGAAUCAAUGCUAUCCAUUUUCUCUUUGGCACUUGCUCUCUUAAGUGAUUGUUGAUGCCUCUUUAGCUCCUCCGUAGAUCUUUCUCCUGGCACCAUGAUGGAACUCUGUGAUGUAAUAGAAUCUACGUGGGCGGUGGUUAUUAGUCUCGAGGCAGCAAACUGCUGCGGUGCCUCGGAUUUCAGAUCAGGAAUGCCUAGACCCCCUUGACCCGUUGCUAAGGUAGCAAGUCUGCGCACCUCGUUAGGGAGAGGCUCUGAUUGACCGAACAAAGUAGGGAGUAGUAAAUCUUCAAUCACUUCCUGGAUUGGAUCGACAUAAUCUUCAAACGAUUCAAUCGUGCGCAUGAAGUAGGUGAACUUCGACUUGUAGCCUUUUGUGAAAGCAAUAUACGCCGCAUGGGGCUGGCUCUUCGCUAUUUCAGAGAGACGUUCGAUUUCCUCUUUCCAUGCACGAACCUUCUCCUCACAAUACUGAUCUUUGUAUUCUUGCGACGCAAUAACUGCUCCCAGAUGGCGCUGACCUUCAGUCGUUAUGUUGACUUCCUCUCCAAACACCCUCUUUGCUUCCUCCGCUAGUUCCCUAGACUUCACAAUAAGCCAGCUCUUUGUCCCAUUCACAAGGUAACCAAACUUUUGUCCUUCCUUACUCAAUUGCCUGUACCAGUUGUAUAAGUGCACUAUACUCCCUCCUCCAGCUGAGUCGUCUGCAAGCCACACCUGUUUAACCAAUGGGCAAUGAUCCCUCAAAUUCUGUAUCAUUAUGGAUGUAUUAAGUGCAUACCAUGGCAUCGCUAGCGGAUCUCCUUGUGUGGUGCCUUCUCGAGAAAGUAUUUCACCUCCCCCACAAAUAAACAGUCUAGAUGGGCUUCUAUAUGUGUUAAUCACAUAGAGCGCCAUUUCUUUGCACAUGAUCUGGAUAUUGUGUAAGGCCGCUGACCUAUUCAUUUGGUUAAAAGCGUUACUAGCAUCAAUUAGCAAUAUUCCAUCUGUUCCUUCUUCAACAAACACUUGACUCAUUGCAUGGAUCGCAGCCUCCGCUCCUGCGUUAUGACCAGCGCAAACUUGUAGGGGACCCGCCGCUUCUUUUAUUUCCUCCUUUAAGAAACCGCUGACCGUUUUCCCCACUAUUCUCCUCAGUACCUCUCCAACACCAAUUGGUCUGAUUCCCGGGUUCUUAUCCAGCGGGAUAAGCCUGCAGGACGUGAAAGCUUCAAGUAAGGAUGGGUGGUACGAUUUCCUUAGCAGAUUUCUUGUGAACACGGCUAGCUCUUCUCUCAAUAUUUUGCCCUCGGUCUUGAAAUUCUUAGAGCACAGGAUUCUCUUAUACAGCUCUGCGUCCAUUCCAGAUGGUCCGGCUGAGCCCUUGGUUUUACUUGCCGAGUUGUAGAUCGAUUCUUCGUCUAUGAGGUCAUAAACAUUUGGCGGAAUAUAAUCAAUUGGGCCAUGUAACAAACUCUCCUCUGCGAUAUCAGCUGCCUGUGGGUGCUUGUCCUGUAGCCCUUGCAGGACAUCUGGCGAUAGGUCGAGCAGACCGGACGCGCUCUCGUUAUCUAGGAGUUUCAUUGCAGCUGUCAAUUUUCCUUGCAGAACCAGCUUUGAGAAGGCUUUGGAUAUGUCUUUAACCUUUCUAGGUUUCUUGGAAUUCACAAAUUUCCCUUGAAAGAACCUCACUUCUUUAAGCAGCAAAUCAAUGUCCCCUUGUUUCCAGAGUGCUAAUCGACGCUCUAUUGCUUCAACAUGCUCCUUGCUUUUGGAAGUAGCGGAUGGUUUUUGCAAAAUCAAAGUUGGGAGCACCAUGAAUGCUUUAAGAGCGACCGAGUUCAAGUCAGAGUCAGAAUUAAAUUGCUUAACCCAGAAGGUUAAUUCUUCAAUGAAACUCUUCCCUGCGCGACCCGAUGACUUUAUUAUGACUUUAUUAUGACUAAUAAUAAUGGAAUUUAUAUAGCACUUUUACAUCGCUGUUCUAGGCGCUUUACAAUGUAAAAAAGGACAUAAGAAUAUCAUUGAUCACGAGCUUACAUAUAACACUACUGUACAUAUUGGGAAAUUUAUAGCAUGCACAUCUUAAAAAGGAAAGAAGACAAAAACGAAUAUGAUGAAACUAAAUGUCAUAUACCUUUUUAAAAAGAAACGAUUUCAACUUAGAUUUAAAAAGAUUAACAACAGAACAAGCUCGAAUUUCAAAGGGGAGCUUGUUCCAUAGUCGGGAGGCAGCAACGGAAAACGCUCGCUGCCCAUAAGUUUUCAUGUUAAAAUUUGGUUCUUCAAGGCGUAAAUGAUCCCUUGAUGACCGUAAUGUCCUUGAUUGAUGGUAAAAUUUUAAAAUAUCUUCAAGAUAACGGGGACCGGAGACAUUCAAUGUUUUAAAAGUCAUAAAUUCCCUGCAUUGCCAUAGCCGCAGAAAAACCGCGGCGCAUUCAUUUACCUAGAUGAUGAUUAUAGACUUUUGAUUAUCUUAAACCCAAAAGACCAACUUGGCAUGGCAGAUGCCCCCCGAAAGGAUCCAGAGCUUUUAGCUUACAAAUUUUCUAGAGUUAAAGGCAAUGAUUAACUUCAUUAGAGUCAUUUUAGUGUCGUUUUUUGUUGACAUAUGUAGUCUUAAAACUGGCUAAAUAUUAGUGAACCCUAGUCACAACAAUUAAAUGUGUGCAACGAGCAAAGCGGCAGACAACCCAACCUUUACUUUAAUUCAUGUGAUUUCAGAACCUGACAUACGAGUUGGAGCUUACCCUAACGUCAGACGUCUUAUUUAUGAUGUCAACGUCAUUAAUGUGUUCCACCGAAAAAAGUGUAUUUAAUUAUUUCACGAACAACGAAAAAACAACAAACAAAGGAAAAAAAACCGUACGAUAUCCCUUUGCCGGCCUGCCUCUUGCACAUUUAAAAUCUAAAUGGUAUCUGGUAAAAGGAUAACCAGUAUUUGUCGUUAUCUGCUGAAACUCAAUAUAUUAUGUACUAACGUACCAGAUGUAUUAAUAAAUGUAUGGCCCUGAGCUUUACAUUGUCUCUCCAACUAUUACGGGACUUGUACUCCAAGUAUUCGAAGUGCUCGAAGUUCGAGCCCCCCCCUCUUUGGGAACUUACUUCAACACCAAAUCCAUACUUGUUUUAAUGCUGGGUUAUUUCGCCCCAUGCAGUACAUCUAAAUACUCUAUUUCUGCCUUUGUAGUAGCACCCAAGAAAAAGAUAACAACGCUUAGGUCGUUAAUAAGUGUGACGUUUUGUUGAUCCUUGAUUCCCUGAAGAAUUGCCUUCUUCGGUUUUGUCAGGAACCGAGACAUUCCCAGUUAUGGAAAGAAAUGGAGACGACAGGUGCCCUACACAUGGAGCUAGUUGAUCACGUGUUCUCUAAGUGUUGUCAGCAGCAAGGCCUGAUCAAGGAGGAUAUCCUGAACAUGAUGGAGCAGUUUGGAUUGAUCGUCAAGUUUAUAACGUCGCCGACAAAUGAAAUGUACUUUGUACCCUGUCAACUGAAGACACCACCUGAAUUCCUUUGUGAAAUGGAACUAUCACCUUCAGAUCCAUGUUCACUAUACCUUCAUUUUAAAUGGGGUUUUGUCCCUCACGGUCUUUUUUGCCAGCUCGUGUCACGGUGUGCUGGAUGGUAUUCUGAGAGUGGUUUCAAGGAAACACCAGAUUUUUUCGAUGGGGCCGCCCGGUUUUUCAUAGGGAAGAAUUCCUUUCACCAGUUCAUUCUUUUAUGCAGGAAAAGAUUUAUCAAGAUCAUCUUGACGCAACCAAAGGGAAGUCAUCGUGAAAGAAACCGAGCAUCGUUCGCUGAAACAAACAAGGUGGCUCUUCUUGUUCGAAAGUUUUUGGAAGAGACAUUGCAGACCCUAAUACGCGAGCUGUCGUGGUUGAGAAACCUGAAGUGUGACUGGUGCGUCGCAUGUCCUGGUUGUCUGCGACAUAAGCAGGUUUGUUCUAUCCACGAACAGAAGUGGUGUACUCACGAGGACUGUCUGUGCCUUCUGAAAGUAGAGGGGGGGAUACCAAGGCACUGUCCAAAAAGACUUGAGAUGCCGACGCUGCCUGGACUGGAAAAAUGGUUCUCACUAGAAGGUAAUAACAUUUCUGUGGGGGUGGAU